AUGGAAUACUUCUCUCUCUCCCUCCUCUUCCCCAUAGCCUACUUAGGCAUCCUGAUCGGCAGCAUGGCCACUUUCUCCCACCUAUACCGACAACGGCAAGUCAAUUCUAAACUACGGCUGGCUCCCUACUUUGGCCCACACACCUCACGCAACAUUUACCUCUCCCUCCUACACCAGCAAGACAACCCAGACACAAAAGUUCCCGACACCAUCCUGCGCGCCGCUCUUUUCGCCCGCGCCCUUGAAGACGUCCAACGCAUGAUGGAAGUGCGCACGCGGAAACCCGCACUAGCCACUCUCCUGCAGCGCGGCGUUGUGGGCGACGAGAUCUUCCAACGCCUCACCCGUGCCGAGCAGGAACUACAGAUCGAAUUAAAGGAUGUCAUUUCGGAGGCCAACGCUCUGGCGCCAGGCUGGGGUCAAACCAUUUUCCAGAGCGCCAGUGAAAUGGUACAGAAUAAGCUGCUGAGGGAAAGGAUCGACAAGGUCAAGGUGAAGUUGGUGCCGGAGAAGGAGGCUUGGGAGGACCAGCGUGAACGGUCCAGGAGGGAGUUAGAGGGUGAAAUCAGUCCUGCCCCUACAGCGCCUGCUGUUGCGGCUGCCUCCGUCGCCGCCGCUGCUCUACCUAAGACGUCGAAAGCAGUCAGCAGUGAUGAAGACGGCGUGAUUGUCGAGCCACCCGCCGCGGACGCAACCAGUACUCCUGCUAGUGGAGGCGGCGGUAGUAGCAGGAACAAGAAGAAAAAGGGCAAGAAGUAG